GGGAGAAGGACGCAAGAACUUCAGGCGAACCCCCUGCAAGGCGCUUCAUCUCCCCCUCUUGCCCGUGUGAGUCAAGGACUGUUAUAGGGCUAUUACAUCUCAUGGAAGGACUAUAGCUCAUGGAAGAGAAAAAUCGUAUCAGGACAUCCUUGGUUUCCAGGUUGCCAAAGUAUGGAACAAAACCUGCUGGGACUAUCUUACAGACAGUUCCAAAUGGGACAGCUCUUAAUUUAUCAGGGAAUACUCAGAGCAUUGACAAAAAAUUCAGCAAGCACAAUGGCACUAUUCGUAUGUCUUCCUUGUCUUUUAACUGGCGAAAAUCAAAUAAGUACCAACUGGGUGAUCAAAUUAGUAGUGAAUCUAGCUCCAGUCAUAAUUCCAACGAAAGAUUGACUGAUUCUGAAAAGUGCUCUCAGUCUGAAGGAGUGGUUGGUAAAGACGUGCUCAGGGUGGGUUCAAAUAGCUCCUUCUCAAAAUUUGCAAAACAAAGCAACAUGUUUGUGUCCCCUACAGAAGAAUUAAACCAAACAUCUUUGCCUGGACUCUCUAGUUCAGCUAAGUUCACCAAAAGUUCAUUGUUAGGCAGGACUUCAUAUUCUGGACUUAAUGCUCCAAAAUCGCACUUGAAUGGAAUUUGUGGGAACCGGUCAACACUAGGCUUGCAGAGGAGUAGAGGAAAUUCUACUGCCACAAGGAGCAGCUCAGGGGAGAGUCUUGCAAAGUCAACAGACAAUGAUAAAUCUUGUGAAACAAUGGUUAGGUCACAAAGCUUUUCACAUUCCAUUCAAAGUUCUCUCUUGCCGCCUGCAUCUCUAACCAGGUCACACUCUUUUAAUAGAGCUGUAGAUCUUACAAGGCCUUAUCAAAAUCAACACCUUGCUAUUAGAACAUCUCAGAGGUCAAAUCUGUUGUCAAGAAGUGCACGGCAAUUGGAUGUGCCCAAUGGUAACGAACCUUUAAGGUAUGGGUUUGCUAGAUCAUAUGCUGCUUUGGCACCCUCUGGUUUGAAGAAACAACCACUGUCAAAUGGCUCAGGAGAUGCACCUUCUCUGAGAUUUAGAACAGGUCGACCUUCAUUAUUAAAGCCUAGCAACCAGCAUUUGGGUAGAAAGAUCCCUGUGGAUGGCAACAUAAGUAAAGAUAUUGAACACUGCAUAGCGGAGCACUCAAUUUCAACAAAUAUCAAUGGAAGUAUCGAUGCAAAAGGAACACAAAACAGUGAAAGAACAGAAGAUGGUGAAGCUGUACAUAAUAAUUUUGUAGAAAGCGGCUGUAAAAUUUUAAUGGAUGGUGAUGUGGAUGAAAUAUCAAUAUCUUCCUUGUCCUCUUCUGAGAAAAAUGAUCUGAGUGAAGACUUCAGUGAUGAUUUUAUAGAUUUAGAAGAUCCCAACAGAACUUUAAAAAUUGAAGAAGAAGGUGUUUCUGUCCAAGAGUUGAAGCAUGGAAAUGGAAUUUCUCUAGAUCAGCUUCUGUCUCUUAAAGAAAGUGAAACACCCAACUGUAAUUCUGAUGAAUGGCUGGAUAUACGUGAGUCUGUAGUUAAUGACAAGAGUGAAAGUGCAAAGCAUUCUGCUGGGAACAAUGCGAUUUCUUCUGACAUGGACUACAGAGCUGGUUCUUCCUUUGAACUUUCUCCAUCUGAUAGCUCCGAUGGUACAUAUAUGUGGGAUGAAGAAGGGUUGGAGCCCAUUGGGAGUGUCCAUCCAUGUGGAAGUUACGAUUCUUCUGAAAUGAACAGUAUAGAUAUCUUGAACAACCUUGAUUCAUGUGAUCUUGAAGAUGAUGAUCUUAUGUUGGAUGUCGACUUACCUGAAGAUGCACCCUGUGAUAAUGUGGAUUGUGAAAAUAUGAACCGUUAUGAGCGUCCAGACAGAAAUAUCAGACAGCAGAAAGAAGGGUUGUGGAAGAGGGCACCACAACGAUGGAAUACCCAAGACCAUUAUCAUCUUGGGCACACUGACCACUAUCCCCAUAGUAGAAAUGAUCUGAAUAGGAGCUGCAACUAUUUAGACCCCCCUCCUGUUGGUCAUCUUGAAGGCUAUGGAGCACCAGGCUUGUACCCGCCUCUGAGGAGUUUGCCAGCAAACACUGUGAUGCUAGAUGAAAUGACACUACGGCAUAUGGUUCAAGACUGUACAGCUGUGAAAACGCAGUUAUUAAAAAUGAAAAGGAUACUUCAUCAGAAUGAUGAAAAUGUAUCACUCCACAACAUCACUCUCUCAUUGCCUUCAAGCCCAGAACUGCAGGAGCCUGAACCAAUAUUUAAGACUGAUGAUUUGCUAAGUGAGAUCACACAACUUAAAGAAGAUUUAAAGAAAAAAGAUGAAACAAUCAAGCGUCUAGAACAUCGGCUUUCUGUUAGAUGCAACUGCAACAGAGAUAGCAAGAAAUCUGAAGUGGAUACUUGCACAUUUGCUGACAAAUACACGCAGACCUCCUGGAGAAAAAGUGCUCCUCAAGUACUACAGCCUUCCAGCCACCUUCCCCGUUUCACAGACCUCGGCCAGGGAAAAUUAAUAAAAAUAUCACACAUCGUGGCCCACAGUGAAAAUCCGAGUCAAGACCAACAGAAAAAUGAUGGCCAUGAACAUCAGAAUGCUGCAAAUGGCUCCUGCACCAAUAGCCUAAGUGAACCAAGCACUUUAAAUACACGGUUAAAUGUAAAGAAGUUGGAGGAGAAUUCACAUUCCAUCAAGAAUGUAAAAGUUAGAGAAAAACCUAAAGAAUUGACUGGUAGAAAAUCUAAUACACUACAGACUCAUCCCUCUUCUACCCAAUCAUCUACUCAACUAAACUUGCAAGAAGUGCAGACCAAAUUAGUUCUAAAAAAUAGUUACUCGCAAACAAACCAGGCUUCACCCCCAAAGACUUCAAGAGCUAUAAAGCCCCCAAAACAGAGUGUUUUAGUGCCUCAUCUAGUAACUGUUGCAGCAGCAUCUCCAAAUGGCUCUUCUUCAAAGGAGCCUGAACUGCUACCACCAAGCAGCCCAGCACAACUGCAGUCAGCAUCCAGUCAGUCUGAUCUGAAUAGUAAGAGCCAGAGAACCUCUAAACUUCGUCCUCCAACCAUUUUGUUUAGGCCCAAGCAAAUGACAAAUCCGAAAAUCAUGAUACCUCCUGAACAUCAGAACACCUCGUCACAGACAAACCACUCAAGACAACUAACACAAGCAAAGGCAAACCUGCAGAACCAAGAUUCAAGCAUUCGUUCUGGUGACGGUGUGACUUCUAAUCGGCAUUCCCGCCUCCCUAAACCAAAGACAAAUUGAAAGUAUGACUUGCUUAUGCAUAUUUCAGUGUCUGGUAUUGUGAAGCUGCUUACCCUCAUCCCUUCUUGUCUCAUUCAGGAUUCCUCAUCAAAAGCAUACAAGCAUUGAAUGCUGCAUUUCUUCUGGCAUCUAACUAUUGUAAUCUCUCUUAAUUUUGUGCCAUUUAGAAAUGUGUAUCAUUCCUUCCAAUUUGCAAAAUUCUGUGAUAUUGACUGAUUGCAUUAUCCAUAAGACCCUUUAAAGAUAGCUUGGCUUAAUACUAAAGUUUGCAAUGACUGCUGUUUGCCAGAACUCUACACCAUAUGACAGAGUUGGACAGGCAGCUUUCUGGAAAUCCUACCCCUAUUAGUUUGGACCACUAAAUAAUAGGUGGCUAAGGCUACACUUUUGGUUCUGACUUAUUAAUUAUAAGUGAUAUAUUAUACAGAGCUGGUCUUAUUUGUCUUCAUCCUCAGCCAUAAUUCUGACUCUGCAUCUCAGAGGCCUAUGCAAAAUGCUCCUAUUUAUAAUACUCAACCCAAAACUUUCUAAAAGAUGUGUAUUUGGUGAUCGUUUGAGGUUUCAUUUUUUUGGCCAGACAGACCCCAAAUUGCUGUAUUAGCUUUUUGGAUCUAUAUUCACUGUUCACAAGUGGCAAACAAAAUUUCACAGGGUGAAAUGGAUCUUAACUAUAUUUAAACAUUAAUCUUUCCGUGCACUGUAGAUAGCCUGUAGAAUGCUUUUGUGUUCCAUGGGUAUUGUGGUAUAAUUGAAAACCAGUGUUGGAUACAUGUCCAAAACCCAUUGUCAUGCAGGCUGUCGUGAAAUGUGUAUGUAAUGUGACUCCGACAAUAAUAUGUCUGGGACUCCCUUGCUGAGGAUUUUUAUAACACAUCUUUCAUUUUAGGGUUUAACAGUUGUAACAUUAUUUAUUGAUUUCCGUUGCUAUUGCGAGAAGCUAACUUGAAAUGUUUGCACAAAACUUUGCCAUAAAUGUAGGGAUUGAAAAUAAUUUAAUAAUUUUUCAUAAUAAAAGCUUGUUUUUUUUGUUUUUGUUUUUUUUUAAAAAAAGCCCUAUUUUUAAAAACGCACACAUUUUGGGAAAUGGUUUGGAGUCAUAAGAACAGAACUGGUACUGGGAUUUCAGGGAUUAAUACUGCUUUUGUAAUGAAUGAUAAGUGGAAAGUGACUGGUAAAUAAGAAAAACUCUCCAAUAUAUCCUGUAUAAAGAUGGUUGUAGUCAGAUUUUUAUGGCACCAUAAAGUAUAGAGAUAUACCCACAAUUUAAAUAUGCAGUGAAAUGUUCAAUGUAAAACAUCGCAACCCACAAAACUAAACAUGGAUAUCAGUUUAACUGCUUCUAAGUCUUACUCCAACACCAACCAAAGAACUAUUUUAGAUGGCAUUUUCAAAUACUGCCUUUUGUAGUGUUAAAUAAAACAGACGUGAGUACACCAUCACAGCGGGUUUGAGCUCUAUGUUGAAUAUUAGAUCAAGCAAGCAACUUGCAAGAAAAUGCAUUUCAAAAUGAAAGUCAGAGGACUUCUAGCUUUUGGCUUUCCUUAAACCAAGCAUAACUGCCUCACUCAGCAGGGAUGUUGAAGAAACUCUCCAAGACCUAAUGUAUCAGUUGUAAGACUGACCAAGAGCAUCCUCUUAGGUGAACUAUGUAUGUGUCACUUUUAAAACUUGCAAUGUGGAAUAUUUCCCCAUGAAGUAUCCUGAAGUGGCAUAGACGUUUUAAACCAGUUGCCUUAUAGUGACCAGGCAUAGGAGUGAUAUGAGGACUAAAUGUAAAACGGUUAUCUGUUGUGGCAUUACUCAUUCAAACCGUUGGAUGGGGAUGGGCUACAAACCAUAUUAUUACAUUGCACUGUUUAUUAAAGGCUGACUAAACACAUCUGCUUUUAUAUUCAGUCCAUACAGUUGCGAUAGAAUCAUUGCAGUACUUAAAGCAGAACAGCAAUUCGUUUUAACAAACUUUGGUUGAUUCUGGUUGGAGUCAAGAAGAUGCAGUUAGGGCUUACUCUUUGAACAUUGAAUAUAAAAGGAUCCCAUAUUGUCACACAGUUGGCUCUCAAUUGCUUUCCAAUAUUGAAAUGCUUCUGAAAAAGUUGUUCAUGGUUCGCCUUCUUGUCCUUAUGAGAAGAGACUGGUAAAUGAAUUUUCAGAGUUGGUUCAGUUAAACCAUGUUUCACAUUUACUCUCAUUGUUUCAUCACUUACAGUCUUUGCAGAGACGUCCUAAACAAAGAAAGAGAAAAAUCACCAGUCCACCACGAUGUACUUGUAUGUCACAGGGCAGUUUGAAACGUCUGACAAGGUGUUCACCUGGGAAGAAGUUGCCACUUCCUCGGUGCAAGUAAUUGCAGAGCGCCUUUUAGAGUAAAGACCCUUGCAUCCAUUUUAAAGGCUAUACAUAUAUUGAUUUUUAAGGUAUAAAUUAGAAAACAUUCAAGCAUUUACCUUUUAAAGUUCAUAUUACUAAAAUCAUUAUUACACUGUAUUACUUAGGGCACUUAAUGAGAAUAAAGCACUGCAGACAGUCACAGUUCUGUUACUUACAUUAAGUUUAGUAAAGUACAGUAGCUGAUAAAAAAAAAAACUAUUUUCCAAAGAUAAUUUUAGCAUUGCACAUCCUAGUUUUUUAAAUUGUAAGACUGGCAAUUAAGAAGCAAAGUUGAAGACAGCAGGUUGGCUACAUGUAAGGUUGAGAUGGGUAGCCUAAAUUGGGUGUGCUACUACACACAAAAUUUAGGGUCUUUGGUUGAGGUGACUAGCACAUAACCAGAAUAAGUUGUCAUAGAUCAGGUGGAAUAUCUGAUAGAGAAAGUCGAGCUAGGAGAUGGCUUUCACCAUCAUGGAUUUAUCUCUUUGCAUUGGGCAUGUGAAAUUUCCCUGAGUGUGACUACAUCAAAGAAAGAUCUAACGUAUGUUUAGGAAGUCCAGAGUAUGAGAUAAAGCUCUUUUUUUUAGACAGUGAGAGGUGACUGAAGGCUCAUUAGAGUUUGUAGAAAGUGCUUUGUGGAAUGCCAGGCCUACACUGAGACUCCAGUAGUUGUAAGUAUAUGCUUCAAGUAACAUCGAUACUUACUUAAAGUGAAGAAACGUGAUUAGUAUCAGUACAGAGAAUAAUUUUAAAUGCAUAUAUUAAACAAUUGGGAAUAUGUUCGUAUUUAGUUUUUUUAACUUGUACAUUUUAUCCUUUUGGAUUCUACUACAUUAUGCAAUAAUUUCUAAAGUAUUAAAGUACUCCUCAAAAGUUUAUAGUGAAGAUAUUGAUCUUUUAACAAUAGAUGUGGAUGUGAAACAAAACUAAUUUGCACUUUAAACUAUGAGCUGUAAUGCUUGGAGUUGUGCCUACACUUAAUCUAAAUGCCUGUGGCUGAGUUAGUGAAUACUGAGUUUUCACUAAGUACUGAGUAUUAGGGUUUGGGUUUUUUUGUUUUAAAUAAUGGAAGCUUACCAUGGACAAUGCAGCUUAGAAAAUGUCUCUAGCCACUAGCUCUUCAUUAUUUCUAAACAUUUCAUGGUACUGUAGCAUGCAUGACUACAAGACCUUGUCCUUCAACAGUUUGUCCCAGUGAGCUUCCACUUAUUUAACGUCAGAAGGUGCAUAGUGUUGCUGAAAAUCUGGGAGUGAUUUGUGCUGAAAGAAAUACCCAUGAAGACAUACUUGCUAGAACUGAAGCUGAAAAAUGCUGGGCCCUUACAUCAUUAACGUUGGUGCUCAUCUCAGAUUCGAUGCUGCCCUCUAUAUUUUGAAGAGAUUUGUUCUUCAAGUUUAUAAGUUUAGAUUUGAUUUUUUUGAAGCGUUAACAAACCUAUGUGCAAUACUACACCCACCCACACCCAUGGUUGAGUGAAUCAUUUUUGUAAUCAAUGAGCAUCAAAUCCUUCAAAAGGUUCAUCGACAAAUAUGUGAUACGUACUCCAAAUCCAGCUAUAGUGAAUCUCAAGUAGAUUGCACAUAAAUCAAUUUUGGUCUCAAAUGCUGAUUUUUGUCUUAAUGCAGCUUAGGUAACUUGAAUAGCACUUGUGGUUAUUUUAUCCCUUGCAUGUCACUCCAUAUACAUUCAUGAAGUCUUUCAUAUACUGGUAGAUUAGCAUGCUUGGGGAUGAAAUGUAAUUAUUCCCCCCCCCCCCCCACGCACAAUAACUUUGCUUUUUGGUGGAGAUGCAUUCUCAUACCAUUAAAAUGGAUAUUGAUUCUGGAAUGAGGUUUCCAUUUUGUCUGUCUCAUCUGGUUGCAGUGUUCUCUGAAUGCUACAGACACAAUCCAGGCAAAGUUAAGUACUUGUAAGGCCCAUUGAUUUCAAUAGGAGAGAUAAGCUUGUGCUCAGCUCUCAAUGAAAAUAAGUGGGAAUUAAAUGCUUAGCCUUGGAUUAUGCCCUGUUGAAACAUGAUCAUGGUCGUAGACCUGGUUUUAGACUCUUCUACAACCAUGCUCUAGAAAUAUUCAAAGAUGUUCUGAUCACUGUUUUGGUAAAGCUGCUCACUGCCUACAUAAAUGUCAAAAGCACCACGGUAAAUUAAUAUUAACUGCAGUGUUAGUAUUUGUCUUAAAUUUCAGUACUAGCUGCAAAAGUACCCUUACUACAUAGUAUUUCGUUUAAAGAAAAAUCAAAGUAAAUACUGUAUAUUCGAACUGGCUUGUAAAGAUUUAAAAACUUGUAUGUAAAGACUUUCCUCAGUGUUGCUUU